UUUUAACAAUAUAUGCUGUCAGACGUUUAUCUAGUUCCCUUUCAAAGUCACUGAUGAUCACAAGGAUAACAUGUCUGAAGCUGAUGUUUUGUACUCUGAUGUCAAGUUCACAAGAGAGAGGGGAAAGCCUAAUGGGAACGCGUCCUCAUCGGCUGACACUACUUACUCUGAAGUCAAGAUCUUGAAGAAGCAGCCGUCCACAGAGCUUCCUGGUUCCCAGGAACAACAGGUGUCAAAUGGACGAUCAGGAGUCACAUGCGAGAGAGUGGCUUUAGUCGUUCUCAGUGCUCUCCUGGUAGCUGCUGUCAUCGCUCUCGGCCUGACCUCUUAUAAAAACAUCCAAACCAUGGAACGUCUCCAACAGCUGGAGCUUGAUGCUGUGAGAAAAAACCUCACAGAGAAACACUGUGAAGUAAAAUCAUGCAACAACACGAUGCCGCAAAAGUGCCCAAAACCUCCUUUGGUACAAAAUGACAGGUGUCCAAGCUGUGAAGAAGGCUGGGAGCAACAUGGAGCAAAGUGCUAUCAUUUCUCCAGCUAUAAAUCAACCUGGGAAGAGAGCAGAAGUGAAUGUAGACGUCUAGGAGGAGAUCUGGUGAAGAUAGAGAGCAGAGAGGAGCAGGAAUUCCUGUUGGGGAGACUGAGAGACAAAAUGGACACACAUGAAGACAAGUUCUGGAUCGGACUGACGGACUCCGAGGAAGAAAACAAAUGGUUGUGGGUAGACGGCUCACCACUGGACACGAGUUUGACUUUCUGGAGCGGCAAAGAGCCGGACAACUGGGACGGAGAAAACAUGGAUGGAGAGGACUGUGUGAGGAUGGGGGAGAAGAACGGAGAACACUUGAUGUGGUGGUUUGAUAAAGACUGCAGAGCGCCUCAAAGAAGAGUUUGUGCCAAACCAACAAAAACUUUAAAAUGCGUCUGAAAUGCAGUUCAGCUCAAGUCUUAAGGCUCAGCCUGUUAAACAAGCUCAGUACAGGAUGCAGAACGUGGAGCAAUGUGAUUAUUAAUGCAGCUAAUGAUA